CAUUACUCUGCAUGGCUGAGAAAGACAAAGGGCUGUAGAAUGAUAGAGGGCCAUCUGAAGAAAGACUUAGCAGAUUCUCAUAGAGCGAUGCAGGAGGCUUCAGUGGCAGCUUUUUGGAUCCAGCUUGACGUGGAUUAGAACAGACAAACAGUGGAUCUACACAUAAACAUGUUCAGAAGGUGGACCUGCUAGUAGAUCUCGGCUGGUUAAAAGUCUCAGAUAAGGAAAACCCUGAUUGGUCCGGAGCAGUGAGCGGGAAGUGCUGACCUGAGUCCUUCCUCCAGCUUGGCAGUAUGGGAUCAUCCACACUGGAGAAGGCAGCAUCUCUUGAUGCUCUCCUUAAUGAGUGCAUUCAUGCAUUCGAUGACAAUGGGGAGCUGCAGGCCAACCUGCUUCCGCGCAGCCUGCUGUUGAUGCAUCGCUGGUACAUUACCUCCUCAGAACUGGCGGAAAAACUACUGAUGAUGUACCGUGACUGCAAAGGCGAGAACUUCCAGAGAACCAGGCUGAAGAUCUGUUUUUUAAUGAGGUACUGGAUUGUGACAUUCCCAGCAGAGUUCAACCUGGACUUGGGUCUGAUCCAGAUAACAGAGGAGUUCAGACACGUGGCUUCUCAGCUCGGCAGCCAGGAGCAUUUCAAACUCCUCGACAUCUCCACCAUUCCGUCGUACGACUGGAUGCGUAAGCUGACCCAGCGUAAGAAGCAGGCUAAGAAGGGCAAGGCCUCGCUGCUGUUCGACCACCUGGAGCCCAUGGAGCUGGCCGAGCAUCUCACCUUCCUGGAGUUCAAGUCCAUCCGGAGGAUAUCGUUCACUGAUUACCAGAGCUAUGUGAUCCACGGAUGCUUGGUGGACAACCCGACUCUGGAACGCUCCAUCGCUCUGUUCAACGGAGUCUCGCAGUGGGUCCAGCUGAUGGUGCUCAGCAAGCUAACGCCUCAGACCCGCGCAGAGGUCAUUACCAAAUACAUCCAUGUUGCUCAGAAACUUCUGCAGCUGCAGAACUUCAACACUCUGAUGGCGGUGGUUGGCGGGCUGAGCCACAGCUCCAUUUCUCGACUAAAGGAGACUCACUAUUAUCUGGCUCCAGAAGUUGUGAAGAUCUGGAGCGACAUGAUAGAGCUGGUUUCUUCCAACAACAACUACUCCUGCUACCGAAAGGCUUUCAGUGAAUGCCCGGGCUUUAAAAUUCCCAUCCUGGGGGUGCACCUUAAAGACCUGAUCGCGGUGCACGUAGUCUUUCCUGACUGGGUUCAUGACAGUAAUAAGGUGAACCUGGUGAAGAUGCAUCAGCUCUACAUGACUUUCAAUGAGUUGGUGUCAUUACAGAGUGCAGCGGCCCAAGUGGAGCCCAACAUGGACCUCAUCUACCUGUUAACGCUUUCUUUAGACCUUUAUUAUACCGAGGAUGAAAUUUACGAGCUGUCGUUGCUAAGGGAACCACGAAACCCCAAAUUGUUGCCUACCUCUCCAACUACCCCUAACAAACCACUGGUCCCACUGGACUGGGCCUCCGGUGUCACCACCAAACCAGACCCUUCUGUGGUCAACAAACACAUCAGGAAGGUGGUGGAUUCUGUUUUCAGGAAUUAUGACCACGACCAUGAUGGCUAUAUUUCUCAAGAGGACUUUGAGAGCAUUGCUGCCAAUUUUCCCUUUCUGGACUCCUUCUGUGUCUUGGACAAAGAUCAAGAUGGAGUCAUCAGUAAGGAUGAGAUGAUCGCGUAUUUCCUCCGGGCCAACCCGCUGCUUCAGUGUAAGAUGGGUCCAGGUUUCAUCCACAACUUCCAGGAGAUGACGUACCUGAAGCCCACCUUCUGUGAACACUGUGCUGGAUUUCUCUGGGGAAUCAUCAAACAGGGCUACAAGUGCAAAGACUGUGGCGUUAACUGUCAUAAACAGUGUCGGGAGCUGCUGGUUCUGGCCUGCAGGAAGCUGAUCCGCUCCGGCUCUGUGGGAAACGUUUCUCCAGCCAGACUGACCCACAGCUCGCUGCCCAGCAGCCCGGCGCUGCCCACCUGUAAAGAUGAGGAUGAGGUGUUUGAGUUCCCAGCUGUGACGUCAGCAGGUCCGGCUCGGGACACCAAGUCCAUCACCCUGAUGACCGGCUCGGCCCAGAGGAUCUCUGUGCGCCUGCAGAGGGCCACCACCAGCCAGGCCACCCAGACCGACUCCUUGUGGCCCGAACACAGCUGGGGGGGCACUGACGGCGGCUCCCACACCUUCCCCAAAAUGAAAUACAGGACUCACAGAAAAACAUCCAAAAAUAAAGGUUUUGCCCACUGGGAAAACCAGAAGGAGCAGACGGUUUCUUCACGGCGUAACGUGGACUCUCAGGAGAAGUCGGGCGUCUGCGGAGAGCUCGUACAGAACGGGAUCACACACAAAGGGAAGGACAGCUGACUUGGUCAUGUUAGUGUGAGCCAGUCUCGGGGGUCCAGAGAGACCCUAGCGGCUGGGGCCAGGAAGCUCUUCUCUCUGGGGGACGUGCUGGGCUGCCUGAGGUCCCCCUUCAGUGAUCUGGAGUUAUCGUGUCCUCUCUAGACUCCAGCACAGGCAGAGCUACAUGUGUGGACGUCGUGUGGCUGCGUGGAAAGGACAUAAAGAGGUUACGAAGAUAAAGAUAACAGCCACUGUGAAUCACAUGAAACGAGAAUCUGUUGGGGAUUAGUGUAGAUUACUAGGACGUCACUUAGGUUUGAGUUUUGGGAAUGGAUUAAGUUUAAUGGCUGAAAACCAGCUUUAAAUUGCAGCAUUGGAAUGAUCGGAAAAAGUCUGAUGGAUAUGGGAGCGUGUGUAAAUAUUACCAUGGUGAGUUGCAAAAAAAAGGGAAAGUCACAAUGAAAGUGAUUGUGAACGUUGAACAUGGAUUAUUCUGAUGAUGAAUUAUAUUUUUUACUUCAUUCUACAAUAUUUGCAUGUGACAACUACAGUAACGCUGCUUCCUAACUGAUCGAAGCAUUACAAAAAGUGAUUUAUAUUUUUACAAAACCUGUACAGAUAUCAUCAGAUAUGGAAGACUUAAAAUGCUAAAAUAAAAACAAAUAAAAGAAAUGGAAAAAGUGGAUAGAAUACACAUUGUUGAAUGUUUUAAUUAAAUGAAUCACAAUUGACCGUUUUCAAAAGCUCCGCCUCCUUAGUUACUGUUGCUAUGCCCGUCAAGCUACCGUCAGCAGCCAUGGAACGGACUGGCGCUGUGUUAGCAAGCGUUUUUGGAGUAAUACCUCCUAGAGGUAGGCUGCCCAUUCACAAAAUGCUACAAAGAUUAAAAUAAAAUAGGUUCAUAAUGGCCUGUUAGGACGUUAUGUUGAACAUUGAUACAUUACAGGGCUGUACAUUAACUGUUUUUGCUUAUAGCACUGGUGCUACAGAGGUUGAUAACAUCUCUAUCAUUGGUAUGUUACUAUAGUGACAAACACCUCAUCUGUAGGCUACACUCUAGAAAACAUGUAAAAUAAGAUUUCACUGGUGCCCUGAUUGUAAAUCAC